AGUCGUAGGCGGGACGAAGGGGAAGUUGCGGUCCCACUCAGCUGGCCAUGGCGGACUCAACGGUGAAAGAAAGCACGAAGAACUAUCAAAUAGCAUCGGAGGAGAUUAACCCGCUGGCUGGUCGCUUCCCUCAUUGUAUCGUAUGGACGCCUAUUCCCGUGUUGUCUUGGUUGUUUCCAUUUAUUGGACACAUGGGCAUCUGCACGUCAACUGGAGUCAUCCGAGACUUUGCCGGACCCUAUUUUGUCUCUGAGGACCACAUGGCUUUUGGGAAACCCACAAAGUACUGGAUGCUGGAUGUAAGCAAAGUCUACGCCAGCGGGUCGAGCGCCUGGGAUUCUGCUGUGCACGAUGCUUCGGAGGAGUACAAGCACAGGAUGCACAACCUGUGUUGCGACAACUGCCACUCGCACGUGGCGAUGGCUCUCAACCUGAUGCGUUACGACAACAGCACGUCGUGGAACAUGGUCAAGCUCUGCCUCUUGCUGCUCCUGCACGGAAAGCACAUCAGCUGCGCGGGCUUCCUGAAAACAUGGCUGCCUUUCCUCACCCUAGUGGGCAUCAUUGUGACCGUGGCGCUCGCCAUCAACCUGCGGUGACCUCUCCCAGGGAAUGUCGUCAAACACGGGGCCUUUUUUAUUUUUUUCAGAAAGACUUGGAAGCAGAUUGAAUGUCAUCCGCAUCACCACCACUGCCACAAUAAUAAUAAUAAUGUACAUCUUUUGGGAGGAAGAUAUGCCUUCAAGCAUCACAAUUCAGUAAUUGUUGUUUGCUUUUUUUUUUUUUUGCCAGUCACUGCCUCAGGGUGAAUGUUGACAUAGAUUUAUAGGACAUAUUGUCAGCUUUACAGAUGUCACAUCUACUUUAGAUGCUGUGGUAAUUCGCAGCUAUCUUUGGGAAAAUAAUAACAUCCCCCGAGUGAAAAGCAUUUAUUUUUAGCAAGGAGUUACGGUAGGUCAAGUAGACCCCACUAUUAAUUGCAGCUCUAGUUGAGAACAUUAACGUUAUAAGAGCAACUCACUAAGUCAUUUUUCCUGUGUUAUUUUUGCCCCUUUAAUUCCCCAUGAUGGCUGCCACUCCACUUCAGUUGCCAUGGAUGUGGUGAACGCAUCCAAAUCCCCUCUUUGUUCCCCAUUAAAUAGCUUCUUAAGCCCCUCAGCAGGUAAAACUGGCAGCGAAUAAUCACUUUUCACUGCCAUAGACUGCGAAAGACGGUCAUUCCAUUUGAACCGGGACGUCUAUUGUCGUCAAUGGCAGCUCGAUGAGCUCAAGAUAAAUGAUUUCCCAAACUUAACUUAAAAAAAUACAGGUAGUCCCCAGGUUACGACAUAACCGACUUACGUGAUUUUGAAUUUAUGACGAUGGAGUCUCGUCCGCCAUUUUGUCUCCAGUCGUUUUGUUUUUUGUUUUUUUUAAGUCGCGUAAACAGUACCUUAUUACACCUCACAGUAUUUUAUUUUUUUACUGUAAUUUUCGCACUUUAAGGUCCACCUGACUAUAAGCCGCCACCCACCAAAUGUGUCACGAAAACAGCAUUUGUUCAUAUAUAAGCCACACUGGACUAUAAACCGCAGCUGUCCUCACUGUAUUAUGGGAUAUUUACACCAAAAAAUAUUAACUGGUAAUGCUUUAUUUGACAGCGGCAUCAUACGACUAUCAUAAGACCAAAUGAACCACCAUGAAGCUUUGAACUAAUAAGCUGCAAAGCUUCAUUGUUUCAGAAGCUUCAUUCGGCCAUCACAUCGAGUAAUCAGAUGAGGAACACGAAAAAUUAAAAUACCUGAGCUGAGCCUCAAACGGUAUAAAAAAUAAGUAAGGAUCUAUGUACAAGAAAAGAACAAUUGGCUAACUUACAUAGCAAAAGUCCGCUAGCUUAAAUGCUAUAACACGCUUACGUUAUUUAAAAAAAAAAAAUUUUUCUUAACAAUGCUCUCAGCAAAUGGUUCAGACACAUAUCCCCACAAAAAUGGCUAAAUAUACCUAUAAACUAAAUUACGAAUCCAUUCAAAAAAAACAUUAGCGCAAACAAAAACUUGGCUUAUGUUGGUCUUAACAUGGAGCAGCUGGAUUCAGCCAUGUAAAAUGAGGCAGACUAGAGGACAGUGUAUCCACCCAAAUCAAUAAAACUAAGUGCAAACACUUUCAGAAUAAACCAUUACAAACACUUUCAAAUCACUUUAAUUAAACUCUAAAUUAUACUCGAACUAGCAAAAUUUAAUUCGAACCUUUUUUUUUGUCAUCAAAUACUCUGAGUUAAUCGAUUAAUCAUUGCAGCACUAAUUCAGUUACUGUUCCAGUUGUUUCAUUAAUUGCUAGUUAUGGUAUUUGGUAACACUUUAUUUGACAGUGGCGCCAUAAGACUGUCAUUAGACAAUCAUAACUAUGACAUGACACUGUCAUGAGCAUUACUGAAUGCUUAUAACAGAUGUCAUUCAGUGUUAUCCGGCAAACUAUCUCACUUUUGAAUGGAUGUAAAAUAUCCAAACUGGACAUAGAGUAACAUAAUUUGCCGAAUGACACUUAAUGACACCUGUCAUAAGCAUUCAAUAACGCCCAUGAUAGUGUCAUGUCAUAAAUAGAACUGUCUUGUGACAGUUUUAUGACACCACUGUCAAAUAAAGUGUUACCAAAUACCAUAACAAGGCAAUAAUGAAAAAAUGGAACAGUAACUGAAUGAAUAUUUAGCACAGAAAAUGAAUUUUUAUUGUUAUUUACAUCUUUACCGCUGCAAUGCAUGCUAGGAGGCAUGUUUCGCCUAUUAAGCCAAAUAAAUCAACAAAUAAGCCGCAAUGGACUACAAGCAGCAGGAUUCAAAAUGAAGGGAAGAAGUAGCUGCUUAUAGUCCGGAAAUAACAGUACUUUAUUUUAUAACUGUUGUGCCCUUUGGUGAAAUGGGUUUUUAAUUAUAAUGUUGACUUUCUUUUUUUUUUUUUUUUGUGGUUCAUGCUUUUAUUUUGGCAUAGGUAUUACUUAUGCACGCAAGUAAGAGCGCAUGUACACACGAAGAAGUUGCGCAGCCAAGUGAGAGAGAAGGGAAAGAUUACAGCUUAGCUCGCUGUCUGGCUAGGAUUUACGACAGUACAAUGACGUAUAAUACAUGUUUUUGGAUGUAUUUUGAGAUUUAGGGGUACUUAAUGGUAUCCACGGAUGGAAAGACUUGUAGUUCUUAAAAGAUAAACAUUAUUAUGAGUUAAAAAUAAUUUGACUUUGAAACCCCUCUUGAUGUUUUCGUUUUUAAACUAAUUUUACAAAUUGUAUAACUAGUCGGUCGCCAUUGUUGUUGACGCCACAGGGCGGUGACGUCACAUGGUAACGCUGCCGGGCUUCCAGUGUAUGCCUCUAGCGACAAAAUCAUGUCAUUUGCUCAACCCUUUCAAUUUGAACCCGAGAGGAACAUUAAUUAGCAUUAAAGCACUGUCAAUAUUGCACAAAACGGGCAGCAAAAGCAAAAUGAACGGGAAAGACGGGAUGAGACGAGACGAAAGUGGGGGUAAAAAAUGGUGUUCUGCCAAAAUGUGCUACACCAGCAAAACAUGCUACAUCAGGCUAAUUUGACACCCAAAGUACUACCAUGCGCUUUCAACUUGUUUAGAUGCAUACAGACAGAAUAUACUAAAGAUGCCUUAAGAAAAUACUUAAACGUAGUAAUAUCAAAUAAGGGUGGUCUAAAUAUGCUACGUGACUAAUGUUUUCAACAGAUCAAUGUUUUAAAGCUACCACAAGAAAACGCAAUGCUCAAAAGUAUGAGAGGGAAACAAUUACAAAAAGUAUUUUGAAGCAGUGAAAAGGUAAUAAAACACUCCAUAAAAACACAAAUAGUAAGUACUCGCUGCUUUUAACUGAUGUGCGCAUGUGUUCGUCUAAUGACAGUGACAAACUACGUCAUCACCCCGAGUGUCCAUUGCGCGCAUAAAACAUGGCGACCUCCGUAUAUAGAUUUUUAAAUCAAUGACAAUAUUUUAUGUGUUUCUAAUAACAUAUUUUAGUAAAAGUACAAUUGUGGCUUAUUAAAGCCUCCAAGUCUUUAAAUCCGAGGUUCGCUUUAAAGGGUUAAUUCCAACUUAGGUGGAAAUUCAGGUUACAUCACCAGCAUAGGAACGGAACUCGUUCGUAACCGGGGGACUACCUGUGUAUGAAUUUAUGUUAAAAUACUAGUUGCUAGAAUGUAACUUAAAAAAAAAUACAAGUGAUUCUGAAACCAUAAAUUUUACAGUACAUGUCUAUGUAUUUUUUAAAACUUGAACUCAUGGUAGAUUUUUUUUGUUUUUAAUUAUUCUAUUCUUUGAUCCAUUAUUAACCUGUUUUGAUGGCGGUGACGUCACCGCUCUCCAAGAUUUAAACCCACACCGUCAUUUUGGCAGUCGAGCGUGCUGACGAACAAGCUACUAUUAUGACCAGUUAGGUUACAAGAAAGUACUGUAUUGGCACAUGCAACUGCCAGCUCAGUAGUCAGCACGCUCGACUGCCAUUUUGACAAUACGGAUUCAAAUACAUGCAUACUUUUAACUGUAAGUUGCUGUAAAACAACAGUGAUAAUAUAUUUUUUUUUGAGUAGUUGUUAAUUUGACAGUAACCUUUUUAUCGUUUUUUCCUUCUUUGAUGGUAAAAUUUUGGCAAACACUGCCAGAAUCUUACCGUAAAUUGAAGUUAUUAUUAAAAAAAAUUUAAACGCAUCUUUUUCUUACAGUGUAGUUCUUUUUAUGGUUUUUGUUAAGUCGCCUCACCGCUGCGGUGCCUUGCGGUAACCAGGAGCCGGCGGGUCGAGGAAUGCGAAGACCUGUGGUCCGCUGACAAAAGCAGGCAGGGGGGGACGCUAUCAAUAUAUGCUUCCAAACGCGCUAAUCCCUCCACACAGAAGAAGCCUUCCAGUUACUCUGUGAACAAGAAUGUAUUUAUGAACAUAUAUACUAAU